AUAAAAAAAAUGCCGCGUCCGCCGAAAAGAAAUAACACAGAGAAUGAGGCGGAGACAGCUAAGCAGGAGCAGCCGCGGGACCACUCGGAGGACGUUGCGGAUUUCACAAACCAAGCCUUCAAGAAUGUGGUGGCCGCCACCCGGGCAGCGAAUGCCUUUCCCCAGGGCACCGCUCGCUCUCUGUAUCUCAGCUAUCCGGGCUUCGCACGUGUCAUGGACAACCUGUCGCAGCGCGUGGUGGGAUUGAUCGGCAACGUACUGCAUGCCAAGGAGGUCAAGGGCGACAUCAGCAAACGCCAACUGGAUGAGCAGUUUGAGCUGGUGCAGGAGUGCAAUGACAUGCUUCUUGAGCGCAUUAACACAAACCUGGACAUUAAGAGCGGCCUGCGCAGGAACCCCCAGCAAGUGGUUGAGGCUCAGGUGGAUGUCAUGAGCAGCAACUCCUCGUCAGCAGAGCAAUCUACAGGUAGCUCUUCUCAAGCCCCGGAGACACCGAAGGCGGGUAGCUGGAAUAGAACGACACCACAGCGAAGCAUGGUUUCCGCACGCCUUUUCACGGCCAAAAAUAUUGUGCGCCCACAGAUGCAGUUUAAGGAACCAGUGGACAACAGUGCACAGAAUCCCUUUUGCCCACGGCUCAAGGAGAAGCCCAACUCGCUGAAACCGCUGGCUCUGUUGGCCGAAUACGACGAAAUCGGCAAUAUCCAGUCCUAUCUGCACCCGUACGAGUUCGAGCUGCUGAAAUUUGAACCCCCGGUGGAUCAGCUGCAAAAGCAGAAGCCACUAUUGCCAUCCCUGAUGGCCGACACCGAGCUGAUGCUGGUGGACACGGUGGAUAAGUUAAAAACGGCAUUGGAGGAGCUGAGGCAGGCCCCGCAGAUUGCGAUCGAUGUGGAGCACCACUCGUACCGCACGUUCAUGGGCAUCACUUGCCUUGUCCAAAUGUCCACACGCUCCAAGGAUUAUAUUUUUGAUACUCUUACACUGCGUGAUGAGAUGCACAUACUGAAUCUGGUGCUGACAGAUCCCAAGAAGCUAAAGAUCCUGCACGGCGCCGACUUGGAUAUUGAGUGGCUGCAGCGUGACCUGUCCUUGUAUAUUGUCAACAUGUUUGACACGCACCGGGCAGCCAAAGCCCUGAAUAUGGCCAGGUUGUCGUUGGCCUUUCUGUUGAAACACUAUCUGGAUCUGGACGUGGACAAGAGCCUGCAGCUGGCCGAUUGGCGGAUGCGACCGCUGCCGCAGCAGCUGGUCGACUAUGCCCGCCAGGACACCCACUUCCUUAUUUACGUUUACGAACGGAUGACCAACGAUCUUCUGCAGCAGCAGACUGAGCCGGGUCUGCUAAAUACUGUAUAUCAAAUGAGCACGGAUGUGUGCAAGAAGCGCUACAGCAAGCCCCAUAUCGGUCCGGAAUCUCACCUGGACUUGGUGCGAAAGACGAAGCGUUCAUUUGAUAAUCGACAGCUUUACGCUCUUCGCGGGAUCUUUGAGUGGCGAGAUGCGACGGCGCGGUCCGAGGACGAGAGCUAUGGCUAUGUCUUGCCCAAUCACAUGAUGCUCCAGAUCGCGGAGAGCUUACCGCGCGAGAUGCAGGGCAUCCUGGCCUGCUGCAAUCCCAUUCCGCCGCUGGUGCGGCAGCAGCUGCACGCGCUCCAUCAGAUCGUUCUGAAGGCACGCGAACAGCCGCUGAUUAAACCUACUUUGGAGGCCCGCAGCAGCACACAGGCAUCUUUGCCGCCCUCGACCAAAGAUUUCAGCAGCAAACUCUACUGUCCACACGACUUUUCGCAUCAGGAGGAGGCUCGUGACGACCUACCAACGCUGUUGAAGCGCAGCGCUACGGGGAAACUUCAGCUGCACCGACAAAAGAGUAUCAAAGAGAAUCUAUUGAAACCACCGGCAAUGGCUCUGUUCGACAAGCCACCCAAACCCACCCAAGAGGAGGAACUUCGUUGGGCCCAUCUGCGUAAGGAGAGCCAGAUGCUACGCAUGCCCUACAAGCGUUACUUGGCCAUCCUGCCAUUAAUGGAGCAGCUAAAGGCCGAUCAGAUGGCCCGGGAGCGUAGUGAACAGCUCAAUAGGCGUCUUUGUCCGGCAGAACCAGCGGCUGCGCAAAAUAUCAAGCUAGAAGCGACACCUGCCUCCAAAGCAGAUGAGGAGGAUGCCAUUUACUCCUUGCCCCUCAAGGAGCAACUGAAGCGAAAGCACCAAACAAGUCGAAAACCAGACUCAACGGAUCAGCAGCCAACCACCAGCAAGAGAGCACGAAAGGAUGAGAAUACGCAUCCCAUCAAACCAGAACCUGCUGCUUCAAUUCCCGUCGAUAGCGAUGACGAGGUCGUGGAGACGCCCAUUGAAAGGCAACCCACGGAGCAGCCACAAGCGCCGUCUAGAAAAGAUAUUCGAAAACAGAAGCGCAGGCAAAUUCAGCGAAAGAAUCGAUCAUUUCAUCCUCAAAGCUCCAGCCAGCAGGUGCCGCAGCCCAAGACUAAGGUCGAAGGCGGCAACUUUGACUACAAGAAUGUGGACUUCCGGCAGUUUAAGGGCGGAGCCCAAAGAGCCCGCGGCACAGAGAUCAAGCAGCAAAUGCGCGGAAUGAACCGCCCCAACAAUCGCAAUAAUAAGCAGUUUAACAAGCUUUUUACAUUUAGCAAUGUAAAGACGGAGGGCAAGAAAUAAACUGUAACUGUGACUAGUUAUCCAUAAGGGUAAUGUGAAUUCAAUAGUGCACUUGAUUUGAAGUUUAUUUUGAAUUUUGUACACGUUUUUCGUUACAAAAAUAUAUUCUUAAAUUUGGAAAAUA